AUGGGAGGCGUACAAGAUGCAAUGUCGGCGGUAGGUAGUGUCGUAUCUGGUAGCUGUGACACGAACAUGGUCAUUGGUGUACCGAUUGAUGUGGAUGGGAACCGUGACUCGGAUGGACAGCAGUCCAUGGACGGUGAACUCCACUUGCCUAAGGUCCACGAAGUUGAAUCCAGAUGUGACCAAUACAUCAUUUAUCUGUGGAUUGUGACUUGUGGACGCAUCACGACGUGUACACGACUGCGUGGACAUGUAGCUGUGGACAUGAUCGCGAGUUAA